AUGAAUGAAACGAUCAUGACUUCUCAUGAUAUUGAUCCGUUUUUCUAUGCACAUGAACACAGAUAUAAAAUAAGAUUUCUUCCAAAGCAUGAAUUGGAAUCAUCAAAGGAAAAAGAACAAUUACUUCGGCAAAUUGCAAAGGACCUUCACUAUACAAAGCAGUACAUUAGUGGACAGCUGCAACUACUGAAAAUGAACGACACUAAUCACUUGAACACAAUCGUUGAAGAUAUGAAUGACUACUUCAGAGUACUGCGCCAUGACCUGAGUCUCCUGCGGGACGCUGACGAGGCAAGUGAAUGGCGAUGGAAGGAGGCCGAAGAGCUCAGCGAACUGGUCCAGCACCGGCUCCGCGUCCUCCAGAACCCUAAGGACUGCAACUCCGCCAGGAAACUUUACUGUGCUUUUACCGGAGGGAAUCGCGGCAUCGGAAGCCAGUUUCACCACCUGACCAUCUGCUUCGUGACGGCCUACGCUACCCAGAGGACCCUUAUUCUGAACACUGAGGGCUGGUCUAAAACUCCAAGGGGUCUCGACACGUUCUUCCUGCCGUUGAGUAAUAACUGCACUAAGGCCGACUUGUCUCAGGUGUCUCCUUGGCCGGCGAAUGCAUCUCGUGUUCCUGCGCCCAGUCAGACACAGUUAUCUCUUGAAUGUAAUCCUACACCAUAG